AUGAAGUUUCUGAUCCUCCUAGCCACCUUAGUCGCCGCCGCACAGGCCGCUCCGGGGUACUACGGUGACCACGGACUGUCCUACGUGGCCGCGGCGCCCGCCCCGAUCGUGAAGUAUGCCGCCCCGGCCGUUUCGGUGGUGCACGCCGCCCCUGCUCCCGUCCUCAAGUACGCCGUCGCUCCGGCCCCGAUCGUGAAGGCGGUCGCUCCGGCUGCCACCAGCUACGCCACCUUCCACCAGGUACACGCUCCGGUGGUACACGCCGCCCCCGUGGUCAAGUACGCUGCCCCGGCUCCGGUCGUGUCGUAUGUCCACUCGGCGCCGGUUGUCGCUCAUGCCGCUCCCGCUCCGCUGCUCAAGUACGCUCCGGCUUACCACGGAUGGUAG